CAACCACCUCUUAUGCCCACUAUUGUGGUAGCAACCCUCACAACUCGCCUUCCAAUCACUUGGUCGCCAUUGUAAACCAUUUCAAGAUGCCCAUCUACCUAAUUUCUAAAGCCGCCGACCCACUCUUCGCCUUCGCCAUAGGCACCUCCGCCGCCCUUCUGCGCAUCCAGCGCGAACAGCGCGAGAAAUUUCCCGAGCGAGCUGAGGACAUCAGUAUCGGCAGUGUGCUGCAGCUGGGGACGAGUCGUGUACAACGCUGGUGGGCGGGCGAGUUCGCAGCGCUGUGAUUGAUCGCAGGAGCAGGAAUUCUCUCUGACAUCUGUCGGGCAUUGUGUGUCCGCCUGCUCUGUUCCCCGCAACCUUGCCAUAAUCAUAAUCUGGUCGGCUGGAUGGUCCUGGGUACGAAGGGAUCAAUUAGAUUUGAGCUGAGUUGGCACGGCCGACGAAGCAAGGGCGGAGUUUGAAUAUCGCUCAAUGAUCGUCAUAUCGAGGCCUUUGCUUGAUGGUCUGUAAACACAUGGUGUGUGCUUUAUGCAGAACUUGCUGGCUUUAAAUGGAAUUGGUCAAUUCACGUGCGGAGCCUAUACUGAGAUGUGGUUGUAUAAUAUGGUGCGGUGCUAAGAGGACGACAUCUAUACUUGUGCAACUAAGGGGAUCUCAGAAUGAAUGGGUACAGUACUAUACUGCAAACCGGACUCGGCAGACGACAAAUGGAUCUGGG